AUGGAAGGCAGCGGGAUCCCUUUGGGGCUGUCCUUCCCCAGGAAGCUCUGGAUUGUGGUAGAGGAUCCAGCAUUUGAGUCUGUGUGCUGGAACAAAGACGGGGACGCCGUGGUCAUCGAGGAUGACCUUUUCCAGAGGGAAGUCCUUCUUCAGGAAGAGGAAGACAGGAUUUUUGAAACGGACAGCCUGAAGGCCUUCAUUCGUCAGCUGAGCCUCUAUGGCUUCAGCAAAAUACGCCCAAGGAACACUGCUCAUGGUCCAGAGAACAGGGGCAUGCUGACAUAUCGCAAUAAGAAUUUCCAGAGAGACAAGCCUGCCCUUCUCAUGAAUAUCCAAAGCAAAGGAGACCAGCGGCGCUUCAGCCGGCAAGCCUUGUGCGGAUCAAGUGCGAAGAGUAAGGAGCUAGCUACCAGGCGCUCCCCCCACAUGCACCCCAACAGAGAGGACGAAGAAGCGGAAAGGAGGGCCCAGGAGGAAGCGACCAGUGUCCAGAGACCCAGUGCCAGCCAUUCACUCAUGUUCUGUGGCAUCUGGUCCAUGAGUAAUCUCACAGUGCGACCCCUGAGAAUCUACACCGCUCAGGAGCCACGUGGCCCUAGUGGCGAGGCCACUGCUUCCAAUGUCGUGCACACACCUCUGAGUCCCACCGCAACGCACGGCGCUGGGGAAGCAGCCAGCAGCCCCGCAGCCUAUCCCGAUUACGACUCCAUGAUUUCGUUGUACAACACCUGUUACUCCACCCUCGUAGCUGCCCUCAACACCAUGACUUCCAAUGAGCCCCCAGAGCAGGAGGCUUCCGCUGAUGAUAGGCGUGUCAUCUGCGAGCGGGUCAGGGACGAUCCACCUCUGUGA